GCGGUGGCGGCGGCGGCUGAAGGGCAGCGGCGGCGAUGGGCGCUGCGGGCUGAUUGGUAAAGAUGGAAAGAGGGAGAGGAGGAGGAGGAGGAGGAGGAAGGAACCUGGGAGGCUCUGGCCUGCACAGGAACAUUUAUUCCCAGUCCCAGCAGCAGUACCACUACCCGGCCUCCUCCCAGGGGAGCUGCAUGGAGAUCCAGGAGCUGGCCUCCAAGAGGGUGGACAUCCAGAAGAAGCGGUUUUAUCUGGAUGUGAAACAGAGCUCCCGCGGCCGCUUCCUGAAGAUCGCCGAGGUCUGGAUAGGAAGGGGCAGGCAGGACAACAUCAGGAAGAGCAAGCUGACCCUCUCCUUGUCGGUGGCCGCCGAGCUGAAGGACUGCCUGGGGGACUUCAUCGAGCACUACGCCCACCUGGGCCUGAAGGGCGGCCAUGGCCACCGGCACGAGCACAGCAACGACAAGGAGCAGCACGCCCGGAGGCGGCCGCAGCACCCGCCGCCCUCGCCCCCGGCCUCGGUGGGCUCCGAAGAGCCCCCUCACAGCGUCCUCAAAACGGAGUACAUCGAGAGGGACAACAGGAAGUACUACCUGGACCUGAAGGAGAACCAGCGCGGGCGCUUCCUGCGGAUCAGGCAGACCAUGAGCAGGGGACCUGGCAUGAUGGGCUACUUCGGCCACAGCUUGGGACAGGAGCAGACGAUCGUCCUGCCGGCGCAAGGGAUGAUCGAGUUCAGGGAUGCUUUGGUGCAGCUGAUCGAAGAGUACGGCGAGGGGGACAUAGAGGAUCGCCGGGGGGGAGGCGACGAGCCCCCGGAGCUCCCCGAGGGCACCUCCUUCCGAGUGGACAACAAGCGCUUCUACUUCGACGUGGGAUCCAACAGGUACGGCAUCUUCCUGAAGGUAAGUGAGGUGAGGCCGCCCUACCGUAACACCAUCACAGUUCCCUACAAAGCGUGGACACGGUUCGGGGAAAACUUUAUCAAGUACGAAGAAGAGAUGAGGAGAAUUUACAACAGCCAUAAAGAGAAAAGAAUGGAUGCCAGAGGGGACAGUGGUGAAGAGCAAGAGGGUCUGGAAUAGAGUGCAUUGGACGAUUAACCAAACAAAGCAAGCAGAAAUUGGUGAGAGGGACUGACCUAUAGUAGUUCCAAGUUGCCCCAGUUUUUUGUAAAGCCCUUUUCUGGUAGUUCUUGCUAACUCCAGUACAUAAUGUUACAGGAGUCCGGUUAUCACGUUAAACUAUGCCCAAAACAUCUCCGUGUGUCUUAGGAAAGGAGCAACCUCCCGAGUCCGUAUGAGUCAGCUGCUUCGAGUGUUGGAGACUGUGGAAGUACGAGUAUCAGCACAAACAAAAUCCGGCACCCUGACCUUUAAAUAGUCUAGAAAAGGCUUGUGUUGCACUUAAACACGAUACAAAAGUACCCCCGCCCUGAACCUUACCAUGAAAUGUAUCGGUUUCUGCUUGUCACCGGUUUUUCAGGACUGGCUUCUGCCCGUGCCCCGUCCAAAGGCCGAGCAGCGUUGCCGUAGAGCGUUUAUGGUGAAAAUCAGCUCCACGUGAAUCUCUGGUCUGUGUGUGAGGAGGGAGAGAGGUUUAAAAGUUGGCAUCUCCUGGUUAUUGAGUUGGAAACAAUAGUCUGUUCGUGGGUAAAGUCCCGGUAACCCGGCAGACCUCAGUCACGUGCUGGUGAAGGGCGGAAGACCUGUCCUGUCAUCCCUCCCUAGUUUUGUGCUGACCAGAUCACCUGAGUCUCCCAGGACAGCGGAGUGCUCAGCCUUCUGAAUCAAUGGCAGUCAAUGAUAACCCACUCCUCAUCUCCAUGUUCUGCCUGUGAGAGGCUGGUGAUCUUUUUUUUUUUUUUUCUGAUUUUUAAUGCAUUUUCCAAAAAUUUCAGAAGGUAUUUUUGUAUUAGGCGUCCCAGCAGGCGGCUGUGGAGCGGGCGUUGGGAGGUGGAAGGAAUGCCACGACCGAGGCUCCCGGCUCCUCUCCCAGAUUGACGGGUUUCGGGAUGUUACCUGUGUGAGGAAAGCCUUGGGGUGUUUUCCUCCUCCCGCCGUGGGGAGGACCUUUGGGGUGUUGGGUGCGCAGCUGGAUUCGCGUGGAAAGGCACCCCCGCCAUGCUCGCCCGUGGCGCGUUUCGGAAGCGGCUGUGGUGGAUGCCCCGUUGGGUUUUCUGUUGCGCUGGUUGUGGGUGGUGUUGGGGAGACAACGCCCGUGCUCUGCCAUCACCCCCUUCCCCCUCAGCUCGGAGCUGGAGCCGUCCUUGAGCGGCUCCAGUCCCCCAUCUGGCCUGCCUGCCCCAAGGUUUCCGUGUCAUCCUGGAGUCUUUGUGAUGUAGAUUUUAAACCUGGUGAUGUUAACUCUCUGCCUGGAGGGAGAACGUGUGCAAUUACCUGGUUGGGAGGUUGGUGAAAGAUUCUGUGUUUCUUGAAACUGAAUAUUUAUAACAUGAGGGGCUCGUCCAGCCUUUGGGUGACCAGCUCCUCCUCCCUGAACCAGCGGGAGUUUGACUGAGCUCCAGGUACUUCUAGUAGCGCGUUGCUCACCUUGGAGAUUGUUUUAAGCAGGCAUUACCAUGUCUGAUCAGAUAUUUGUAAUCACUCAAAUUGUUUCAUUACAUUAGAGUGGCCUAGUGUGCACGUGGACCAGCUGUUUUUCCAUGCAACCGUGACCUGUUUUAUUUUUGAACCUUUUGAGGAACAUCGUUAUCUCCAGCCAGACCGUUCACCACCCUGAGUCUGGAGCCACCUGCACACUGCGUGGCCACGCUCAAUCCGAAUGCUGUUGCCUGUUAAUGUCAUAAUGAGAAAGGUUGGGGAGACAGGGUUGGGAACCAAGAGGAUAAUCUGGAUUUUAGUUUGGGUACUAAAACUAGUCAAUCAGUUUUAACUUAAAAAAAAAAAGAAAAAAAAAAAGAAAAAAUAUAACAGCUUGCACCAAAGUCACCAAAGAACCUUUAGGAAAAUGUUACAGUUGUGACAAGAAGUAAGAAAGUUAAUUUCACUGUUUUAGGUGAUUCCCCCUUUAAAACCACAUAUAGCAGUUACAGCAACCAAGCCUUUGGCUUAGUGUCAAAAACUCCCAUCCCUUUCUCCAUAGGUUGGUCUUUCAGGUCCCUUUUCAAACCUGGAAGAGAUUUUCUCGCUCCAUCACUCGAACAGCCAGUGGACCCUGAUGAAUCAGCGGGCUUUGUGCGGGGUCCUGGUUCAUCGGCGCUCUUACGGCUUUCGUCCCAAUGGUUUUAACAGGUCAAUUAAAAAAACAAACAAACAAAACAAAACCACAAAACCCCACCUUAAAAGAACUCCACAUCCCGGUGUGAAACCAGAAUUUAGUGAAUGAGUCGUUGAUGCGCGUUAGCGUAUCGCUGACUGCUGCUGCCCGUCACAGUGCCUGAGGUAAAAAAUUCACUUCUAGUCCAACAAACCGGAGCUAUGAAUGUACGAACUUUUUACGCUCUCCUUCCCGUUUCUGUGUGUGCUCGGCAUCUCCCAUCCCCGCCCGCCUUUGCCUCAAGGGAUCGUAAAAGCUCCUCGGUUGGAAUUAGCCUGAGUGGCCGCGUGUGUUGUAAGUGCUCAUGCCUUCCCUGUGUUCCUGUAGCGCUGGUGAGGAAAUUACUCGUGAUUGGAAAGGGAUGUUUUCUUCACCGUUUCAAAAGAUGCAAAAAAGGAUGCAAAAUUGCUUUCCUCAUUGCUGCCCUUUUUUAAAAAUCCCCUUUAUCUUUCGUUAAUGGAUUGGCCUUCCAAUGCCGUUAGUUUGUUGUAAAUGUCACCCAGGAAUCCAGCGACGGCCGGCUACCGGGCCGGCCUGGGUUCUGGCACGCAGGUAUCCCGUAGGAUCCGCUCAUGCAUUUACUCCCCUGGCACGGGAUGCACCUUAGUAUCCAAACCUGGCUCGGGAUCUUCACGUUCGUUGCCGAUCACUCGUGGGUAGACCAGCGGCCGCGGGUUUCCAUCGCCACGGAAAGCACCGGCGCUGGCUUGGAGGAGGACGGCUUUCCACGCGGUGGGAAGCGGGCGCUGGGCUGGAGGGUAGUAGGGAUGCACUCGGAGUGUAGCAAUGCAAGACUUGAACGGUGAGAUUCGGAAACGGGUUCCUUUGUAUUUUUGGCAGCGCGUCUCCAGCUUCCCAGAGCGGUGACCACGCGGGCUGCUGGUGCCCAGGAGGGCCCAGCCAGACGCUCGGGAAUGCUAAAUUCCCUGAUGUGUUUUAAAUGUUCGUUGCUGACGCCCUGAAACUGCCAUGUCCCUUAAACUUGAGAAAACACAAGCUUAUUUGCACUAGAAAGAACGGCCAAAAACAAUCCUUAGGAGGACAGGGUGAAGAGCACCGGUCUGAACCUCUUUUUCUCAUGAGAGAAUUUCCUAUUCAAGCCCUCACCUCUGUUUCGAAAUUGUAUGGUCCCGGCAGAAAGUCUGUCAGUUGAAUUAUUAAAUCCUAAUGCACUUUAUAUUGUGUAAAUAAUGCUAGGAGCACAUUUCUGCUCCCGCUCCGGUAAGGGGAUGCUUUGGUAGCGUAGCCUAAUGCCGAGAGAAGCCGUCUCCUGCAUGCACAUGUGUCUGUUAGAGACCUGUUGGUCCUGCUUGGUCCAGCUCCGCUCGUACGUUAGAGGAGGACAGGCGCUGUGUUGAGGAUCCUCCCAAACCACCAAGAGUGGGAUGAUGAUUUGGUUCUCUACAUUGCAAUGGUGCAGAGCUGCUGAGCGUCCUCAGCUCCGCCGCCGCAGCGGCUCCUCGCCCCUGCUGCGAGCUGGGCCCCCCGCGUUGCCGUCGAGGCUUAAAGCCGAGCUUUGCGCUCGUAGUCUUGAGAAAGCCGAGUCCAGCAGCUGCCUCGUACCUGGCUUUCCCCGCUGCUGGCGCAAAAGCCAGGGUGGUCCCUGAAAAGCUUGUCCCGGAUGGAAGGGGCUGGGGGGCUUCCCCUGCCUUGCAGCUGGGGAGACGUUGUGUUGGGUCCGGCCCACGGAGCCGGCUUUCCUGGUAAAGUACAGAGCUACGGAAGGGUUGGGAAGCGUUUUGCACUGGUGUGGAGAGGGCGACCCGCCGGGAGCAGCGGGGGGACGGCGAAACCCUCCCUCUGGGGCUCCCUGCGUGCAGCCCGGACGGACGGUGGGCUUUACCCAGCGAGAAGCUGCAGCGGUUAUUGGUAUCUACUCGUCGUCGUAAGUGUUUCUUAUCUGUAUCCGAUAUAUACCGAUUCAUAUCCACGUAUAGGCAUUACUAUAUUUAUGUGAGUAUAUUGUAGCCUGUAGUAGCUCGUAGCGAAAUAACCUUAUUUAUCUGAAGCGCAGUCUGAGGAGGAGGGGACGUCUGCUCCCGCCACCGGUCUGGAUAAACGCGUUAUUCCACCCAGGGCUGGGUGCACGCUCCUGGCCGCAGCCCUCGGAAGAAUCCCACGGGUUUUCAGCGGGGCUGCGAGGGAAAGCGUGGCUAAAAGAAGGCCAAGCUCUUUCUUGGAGGCGUCGUUGAGGCGAGGUGAGAGCUGUAAAGAGGCAGCUGCCGGCCACGUCAUGUCUGCGUGCCAUUUUACAACCCCUGGCUCUGCAAAUCUGUACUGCCGUGUUCAUAAAAUCCCAAGCAGAAGUAUUAUAGUCGCGUCCUUUAUACAAAAGAGAACCCCCGAGCAAUUACCAAAAUCAAUGUCAGCACUUUUUUUUUUCCAGCUACAGAUGUCCUAGUCUGAUAAUUGCAUCAUUUUUUUCCACUAUGGCCUAUUGAAGUGACCUAGACUCCCAGGGAAGGGAAGCUGCUGGUGGUGAGGAAGCCUUCUGCUUGCGUGACUUGCAGUCCUGUUUUCCAAUUCUAGUAAUUUUUAUAGUAGAAAGGAGUUUAUUACUGUGUAUUUUUACUGGGCAGAUUUUGCACCAGGUCAAAGAUUAUCUAAUAAGCCUUUUCAGUUUCAUGGCAUUCCCACUUUUGCUGUACGUACACUAGAUAUAUGCGAUUUACGAAAGAAUUCCUGAAGAAAAUUAGACCUUCUGUUUAAUUUUCUGUGCUGCUUACUCCAAAAUUAAGUUGCCCUUUAUUUUAAUGACUUAAUGUGUUGUGAUGUCUAAAAUUCACCUUUCCCCUCUCGCCCCUCCAUUCCUUUCAACUAAAGGUUGUUCUUGAAAUUAAGAGUUUAUUCAAGAAGGAGUGGAAUUAAAGGCUACACCACAAGCUACACCCAGGCGAGGCUGUCAUGGCCACAGGAAAAGAGCCCCAGCUAUGGGACAAGGUGCUUCUGGAUUUGGGGGAUUUGGAAAAAGCUAAAGCCAGAUCUCUUGCUGUUCUGUUCCUCCAAAACCUGCGGAAGCCUUCAUGGGCUGACAUCAAUUUUUCUUCCUAAUGUUUUGUCAGCCUGCGUUCAGUUCCCCACCUGCACCUCAAUAAAGGCAACAGUAUAUAUAAAGCAUCGAGGUGAAGUAAAAUAUCAAGAACUCCUGAUAGAUGACAUGGAUUAAAAAUUGGUUUUCCAGAAAUGUCAGAGCGUAAAUUGAGGUUUUAUAAGCCGGAUGUCGUUUUGGCAUUUCUGUGAUGGAUGUAAUUAGAUCGCUCCUUCCCCGCGCGGAGGGAGGCGUCACGCGGAACCCGAACCCGCAGCCUCGGGGCUCUCUCGUGUGCACCAACUUCUGGAAAGGUGCAGGUGCCUGCUGGCUUCUCAUGUGUGGGGAAUGUGGUUGUGUUCCUACCGGCCUAGCCUCCAGGGGCCUGGCUGCCCCCCCCCCCCCCCCAGUAAAACCGUCAUUAACGACUCGCUAAUUCAUCUUCUUAAUUGCUAGGCUGCACAGAAACGCUUGGAGUGGCACGUGGAAAUUGCUAGCUCUGCACAGAGCCAAAACUUAAAAAGGCAUAUUCCGUCUUUUCGGGAUUUUAGACCCAUCCACCGCACCAGUGUUAAUCUGGGAGGGGUCACGGCUCCUGCCCUGGAGGUGUUGGUUGGACACGCAGACAAUCGGAUGGAUUUCUUGACCGCGGUGGGGGAAAUCCGUCCGGCAGGCGGGAGUUUGCAUCUGCUCUUGGUCCCGAUCGUUUGCCACGCAGAGAUUAAUUGGAGGCAAAGAUGGCCCUCGGUGGCGGCUGCUGGCAGCCGGAGAAAGCCGAGGCUUCGUGCCCAGCCCCACUGGCGCAACAUCUGUGAAUUCACAAAUGAAUGUGGGCACAAAUGAACGCAGAGGCGAGGGAGAGAGGAAUAUUGGAGAUUGAUAUGCACGGGCAUAUUGCAAAUACUCGUUUCCCCCCCUGUUUCCAAUAGGUCCUGCCCUUGGAGACAUUAGAGCACUGUCUGUCUGUUCUGUUUCCCGUAUCGGAGAUGAUCAGCGUGCAGUAGGAGCGAGAUGGGCUUCGCGAGCAAUAUCAACAUACUCUACUACUAACCUUAAAUCUUUACACUGCAAAGCGCGUGCAACGGAAUCUGCAUUUCAAAACAGCAGAGAGUAUGUGGGAUAAAAGACACGGGUUAACCCCAGGCUCUUACAAGUAUUCCCAUCUGGUCCUUGUUGGGAGCACAUGUUGUUGGCACAAUGCAGAGGGAGAGGGGGAGUAAGAGCAGAGAUAAGCACUUCCCACUGAGGCAGAGGAACGAAAAGGCAGGAGGGGGCGGAGGGAAGCGAGGACAGGAUGCGUGCUCCAGGGAAUCGUAGAGCACCGGGGAUGGUUGGAUCCGUAGUAGGAGGAAUAGGCUGCGCCUUCAGCAUUGGAGUCCCACAGAGCUGGGCAAGGAGACACAGAGCCUGGAUCCUCAUGCUCUACUCGGGGACCAGGGUGGUUCUCUUGGGGCUGCUUCUCCUUCCUCUUUGGGAUCAGUAGCACGCUCUGCAAGUGUCUAACCUUGCCAGCAAACCCACCGGGGCCAAGCGAGGCCGAUGGGUGAAGUUAGUGCUUUUACAGCUCGUUCUUGGAGGCUCACGUGGCUGGGCUCUUGCUGAGCGAGGAGGCUCGCCCAGGAAUACAGGCAGAAGCUCAGAGGAGCACUCAGUUGUUGGUGACCUGUGAGGUUUGCUGGUGCCAUCUCAACUUAUGGAUGCUUGCGUGUGCUUUUCACGCUGCAUCGGCUGCCUCCCGCUCCAGGAAUGACUGAUGGAGUGUGGUGUGUAUCAGUGGGGCAGCUGCUCUUUUCCAUUGCCAAGGAAGGCUGGAGGGGAUCAGAGGGGAAAGAAAGAGGGUUUCAAGAAGCAAUCUCAUGCCUUUGCAAAGGGGUUUGUGUGGUUUCUAACAAGACUCUGAGGAUGAUCACCACUUGUACCGCCUUUGCUUUCCUGGGCCUGCCACUCUGAGGUCUCAGGUGCAGCAGGGGUCGGUGUCAACAGCUGUUGAAAGCUGUGCUUUGAGCCAGUGAAGUGCUGGAGUAAUUGCCUGGACUCUGGGAAAGCUGUCAGUGUGUGGAGCUGGGCCUCCUGAUAAGGGAGAUGGGAUCGCUUUGGCUUUAUCCCGCCUGUGCCUGUGUUCUCCACCACUAAAAGGGGGUGGGUGACACCUCCCUACCUCAAAGGAGUGCGAGAGUUCUUGUGAUGGUCUGAUGGUGGUCGAUACUGAUGGUAUCUGAAAGCGAGACGGGGAGAAAUUUGGGGUGGAAUGUAGUGUUUGGGAGGUUUGGAACCUACCUGACUCUAAACUCGAAUUUGCAAGUGCAAGGGUGCCUCUAAUGGUGCGUUUCAGGGCCGGGUACAGAGCAAAAAGCGUCCAUAUUUUUCCCCAAGUUGAACAACCUGGACAAAAUCUGCUCUUUCAAAUCUCCCACGCUGGAUAUUCCCAGCUUCCCUCCCUAAGCUAUUUCACCCUACUUCCUGUCAGAUACUUUUCCUGCUGUCCAGUCCAUGUGUCCCUUGCUUCCAUCUAAUUCUAUUGCUCUUUGCCUUACAGGCCAUGCUCUCCAGAGGAGUUAUAAAAACGGGUUCGUUUCUUCCCUGCCGCAGCUCUUACGCAUAAUUAAAGGCUGUUGUCAGGUCUCUUCCGCAUCCUUUCCAAAGGAAAUACAAAACGUUCCACCAGGGAUAAUUGUUAGCCCUGGUCAUGUUCUUGUUGCUUUCUGAUGAGACUGUUCAAACACAAAUGUAAGGAAAGCACAGUAGGUGACUAUAUAAGCUCCCUGUGCCAGCAUGUUUGGAAAUACAGGUUUUCCCUUACGUUCCUAAAUCUCCCAGGAUUGUAUGUUGUCAUCACAUGAAGAGACACACAGUAACAUUUUUAGGUCUGAGAGUUCUGUGCAGGUCCAAGGAAAGAGAAGGUCCUGCUGUCCCACAGUGUUUCACCACUGCACACAUGAAUCUAUGAUGUAUAUUCAUCCCAACAGCUUCCAGAAGGGCACAUGUGUCAGGCAGCUAUUUCUUCCCUCCUCUUCUUGAGGAAAAGGCUGGGUGUGCCAAUGCAGCCCUGGUAUUUUGAACAUAAAUCAAUUAUCCCUGCUGUUCCAUGUCCGAGGGGGAUCUGGAGCACGGCAUGUGCUGGCAGCAGCGGCCCCGCCGGCUUUGCAGCACGAGAGCAAAGCUCAGGGCUGGCUCCCAGGGAGCCCAGCCUGGCGUUGGCAUCGCUCCCACCGCUUCCCUUGGCAACUGGUGCUGAGCAGGAGCUGCUUUGUCUCUGGAAGUUCCCCCUGGACCUGUGGCUGUUUUGCAAAUUGUCAUUUUUGCUUUGGGCACCGAGGAGGUUGCUGUGCUGCUGCCUGGUUGGGAGGUACCUGAUGGAAAAAGAGAAUCUCUCUCUUCUCUCCCAGGAAGCCGGCAGUGGGAAUCUAAGGCUGGGCACCUUAGGCUCUGGGAGGGAGAUGACAGAGCACUGCUGUGGAGUAAAUGCAGCACAGGGUGCAGUCAACGGGUAGAUGUGUUUUCUGUUUGGGUUGUCUUCACCACAGCUGCUUGUUCUUUCCCCCUGGAUGUUGGAACACUCCUGAUAUCUCCGUAGGGCUGCCUAGAACGGGAAUCUGUGAGGGAACUGAGCUGCCUCCAAGGACGGUCUCUCUCCUGAGACUCCAAUAAACACGGCAAAGUGUUUGAAAAGCGGAGCAUUGUGCUGGUGGCACUUUGGAAAGAGUUUUUCCCAGGUAGCUGUCACAGCAGGGGUGAGCAGAGGCUACUGGCACCCAAGAACAGAGGGCAAGGGUUUGAUCUAGUUCUUGGCAAUAGGAUUUAUGCUGGAUUCAACAACUCAGUUAAUGUGCACAUCCCUGUAGUAAGUGAUGAAGGCUUUUAAUUUAAGCAUUUUUAAUAAUCUCCCCCCCUCCUGGUAAAAUUAGGCAAAGAGUUUUUUGGCUGCAAUGUUUACCUGUAAGCUGAGAAUAGGCACUGUGUUUCACAAGGUGAACCAAACCUCCAUGCCUCUUUCCUCAGAGCAUAUCCUUUAAGCUGACAUUAUAUUUCUUGCUCCAUCUGGUUGCAAAACAUCAAGGUCACUAAAGCAGCACAGGCAGAAACCCCUGUAGGUGUUGAUAUGGCUGAGUGCAUGGGGACAUUCUCCUCUCACUUUGCUGGCAGGGCCUGAUCCUGCCAGUGUUGUUCCUUUUCCCCGUCGGAUCACCAAGUUCGUGUCUCGUGCAUGACCUGGCUUGAGGGCCCUAAACCUCUUUUUUUUUCUUACAAGUUCAGCAUCUUUUUCUUAAGCUUUUGUUACAAAUCCCUCUGGAAACGUUGUGCAAAGCCCGAAUGUGCCUUGGUUCCCUCCCUCACCGUGCAUUUGGUAACUGCUGCAGCCAAUGUAGGACAAAAAGAUGUGGAGCUGGUUGUGUUUUUCCCAGACAGUCGUUUUGCUCCGUGUCUGUUCUGGUGUGUUUCGGCCUCAGCCAUUCCAGGGAUCCUGCCUGCAGCUCUCGCGUGCUUCGGCAGCUGUUGCGUGGCUGGUGGGGCUCCGGCAGAGAGCAGGGCUGGGGGUACAGCUGGGGCACAUUCUUGGGGUGAAGCUGCAGCAAAGCAGGAGUUACUGAACCCUGCAGUCCGCCACUCCCUGGGGGAUGGCUCCCAUGUGGAGUGGGCUGCAGGGAGCAGUUACCUGGGGCAGACCUGGUGCUGUGCUGGUGGCAGACUCGCCGCUUCCCCCGAGCAGCCGGCGCGCACCAUCUCGCUCGUAGGCAAUGUCUGACAGCUUCCCCGGGGAUGAGCUUCGCUGCAUCUGCUGCAAGUGCUGCUCUGAGCUCAGGCUCUUCCUUCCCACCACAGCUCAGUGGCAUGCCUGGAUCCUUUGUUAUGUGUAACCUCAAUUUGGUUUCUUUGAGCAGUGCCAGGAUUUCAUUCUCCCCGGGACAUUUAAAUGGGGUGCAGAGUAAUUAGAGUCGCUUUUCUCUGCAUGUGUAAUAGCAAAUGCUUCCAAAUCAGUUUGGGAAUCGACCCAGGGGUUUGAUGUGGGUUUGUAAAUUCAGGCACGUGGGAGGAGCGUGCCCACAGCAAAGCAUGAAGAUGUGGAGAUAAGAGCUGUGCCUCUG